GUUAUCAUAUAUAAUCGCGUACCAAAAACUGGAAGUACAUCCGUAAUGGCAUUAUUCUACGAUCUCUGUAAAAUUAAUAAGUUUCGCGUGCUACACCUUAAUGUUAGCAAGAAUUCUCAUGUAAUGCAUGUUGCAGAUCAGGGACGUUUUAUAAGGAAUAUAACAAGCUGGAGCAAAAUGCAGCCUGCUAUUUUCCAUGGUCAUUUAGCUUAUCUCGAUUUUGAAAAGUAUGGUGCAUUCAACCGGCCUAUAUAUAUUAAUGUGUUAAGAAAACCACUGGAUAGAUUAGUUUCGUUUUAUUAUUUUCUUCGUUAUGGAGAUGAUUUUAGGCCACAUCUACAUCGGCGAAAGAUGGGCGAUAAAAUAACGUUUGAUGAGUGUGUAGCAAAAAAUCUACCUGAUUGUCGUCCUGAAAAACUUUGGCUUCAGAUUCCUUUUUUUUGUGGUCAUCAUACGCAAUGCUGGAUUCCUGGCAAUGAGUGGGCUCUGCAACAAGCCAAACAUAAUUUGUUCCACAAGUAUCUACUAGUAGGUGUAACUGAGGACCUUACUGGUUUCAUCAAUGUACUUGAAGCUACCCUUCCCAAAUUAUUUAAGGGCGCAACAAACAGGUUUCUAACAUUCAGUAAAUCUCAUGCGAGAAAAACGAAAUACAAAUUGCCUCCAUCUGAAGCUACUAUAAAUGCAAUGCAAAAAAGUAAAAUUUGGAAAAUGGAGAAUGAAUUCUAUGAGUUUGCAUUAGCUAUAUUUCAACGAAUUAAAGAAUCGACUCUUGUUAAAGGGAAAAAAUUAAAUGAUAAAACAAUAGGUAGAAAAGUGGUGCAGCAAAAGUUCUUUUAUGAUAAGAUUCGACCUAAAGUUGGGAAUCCAAGAAGAACUUUUUAA